UCCUGCAAUCCCUGUGAUCGAUUGCAUCAGCUAGCAGGAUUUCUUCAUCAGUGAGGCUGUGAGCUACUGAUUCUGCCUGUUCUGUCCCUUCAACUGGGUAAGUUUUUUUUCUUUUUUGGUGGGAGCUUUAAAAAAAUAUUUAACUGAGGGGUUUUUUUUUAUUUGUAGUUUAGGAAGUUUUAAAUUUAGCUGCUUUUAUCUAAAAAUAAAAUAAAAUAAAUAUUUGUGAGAGCUUUCUGAGAUUUGGUGUGUUUCUGUAGUGUUUCACAAACACACACUAUCUCACAAAGCUGUAUGUGGCAUUUUGUGUGUGUGUGUGUGUGUGUGUGUCAGUGUUGUGUUGUGUGCAAAGUGUAAAAGUGUUUUUUUCUUUUUUUUGGCUUUUUAUGCUGUGAGCUGCUCCUGCUUGCUGCAGGGGCCAGUUUAGGUCAGGCUCAGCUGUUUCCUAGUUGUGGGUGAGUCUGUGGUGUGGUGUGGUGUUGUGUUGUGUGUUAAGUGUGAAAGUGCUUUUUCCCUCUUUUUUUGGCUUUUUGGGGCUGUGAGCUGCUCCUGCUUGCUGCAGGGGCCAUUUUAGGUCAGGCACAGCUGUUUCCUAGUUGUGGGUGAGUCUGUGGUGUGGUGUUGUGUUGUGUUUUUACAUUGUGUGUCAUCAAAUAACAAAGCUCCUUUUUUUCUUUUUUGCAGUAGCUUCUGCCUUUAACAGGAAGGAUGAAAAGGCAACAGACUUUGAUGGGUUUCUUGGCCAAGAAACCAAAACUUGAACAACAACCAGCAGAAGUGGAACAAGAACCAUCCCCAGCGCCACAAGCACCACUACCUGAAACCGGACUAAACAGCAAAGCAAGUAUAGAGUCACCCGCUGCACCUGAAAUCGGAAUCAUUCUUCCUGACUGCUGGACCUUGCAACAGUACAACUACUUCCAAGAGAAAUAUGACGGCUUGGAAGUUUCAGACAAGAAGCUAGGUUGUAAAUAUUGCGCGAAACAUGGCUUCGCAAUGGAGAGCAGUAUUCAUGUAAGCAAAGAGUGGAAGCUUUUCAAGAUAGAGCCAGCUGGGAAAAGUAAGGAAGUGCACCAGGCGUCUCUACGGAAGAAAAUGAGAGAACAUUUUGUAUCGAAAUCACACAUCAUUUGUAGAGACAACGUCAAACAAGCUGAGCAGGAAGCCAUAACAAAAGCAAUGGACAAGAUUUUUGAAACUCAAUUUGCCACCACUUCUAGAAUGUUCAAAACUGUUUACAGCCUGGCAAAAGCAUGCAGACCAAUUUCAAGCAUCGAGGAAUUGAUAGAGCUACAAACAGAAAAUGGAGUAGAUCUGAGAGUAGGUCUGCAUUCAAGACCAACAGUUGUCAAAAUAGUUGAGUGCAUCGCAAAUGAAAUCAAACUCAAAUGUUUUCCAGCAUCAUUGCACAGAAUCUGAAGGUAUGUCUGAUCAUCGAUGAAGCCUCAACAGUAUCUUGCAAGCCAGUUUUGAGCAUUUUCCUGAAAGUUGAGGACUCAGAGGACCCACCAACAAUUUUUGGGGAGCUGGUUGAAUUGAAGAAACAAGAUGCAGAGACAAUAUGUUCUGCAGUUUUUGAAAGUUUACAUAAACUUUACCCGGGAAUACCUACAAAAAAAUCUAAUAGCGUUCUGCUCUGAUGGUGCCAGCGUUAUGCUUGGGAGAAAAUCUGGAGUGAGCACCAGACUAGCCAAAGAGUUUCCAAACAUCAUCAUAUGGCACUGC